AUGCGCAAACUGUUGCAACAGCAAGGGAAUUUACAUGUAAAGGUGGACUCACUAAGGAAGCAGCUUGAUGAUGUUCAAAAGGUUUUAGAUGUGGACCCGAAUAAUAGUGAACUUCGUGUACAGGAAACUAAAUUGUUACAAGAUUUUCGAAGUGCUUCACUGGAUGAGGAAGAGUUUCUUAAACAAAAGUCGAAAGUACAUUGGCUGAGUGUUGGUGAUAAGAACUCUAAAUUCUUUCAUAAUUCGGUCAAAUGUAAAAAUCAUAGAAGUCGUAUUGAAGUUAUUAAGGACAGUGCUGGUGUUACUCAUGAAGGUGGCGAUGCGCCUCUUGCUCUUGUCCAUCAUUAUCAGAAUUUUUUGGGUUUUGCAGGUAACACUACGAUUAGCCCAUCUCCUGAUUUAUUCUUCCGAAAAUUGGAUUCUUCCAAAGUUGAAGCUAUGAUUAGAAGAGUGACUCAUGAAGAAAAGCUCGUGAUGUUUUCUAUUGAUGAUAAUAAAGCCCCGGGUCCUGAUGGGUUUUCUUCAGGUUUCUUCAAGAAUGCUUGGAUUAUUGUUGGCAAGGAUGUUUGUUUAGCUGUUCAUGACUUCUUCUGUACGGCGCAGUUACUUCAGGUGGUGAAUCAUACUUUCCUUGCUAUGGUUCCUAAGGUCCCUACGCCAUCUGCUAUCAAUGAUUUUUGA